GAAAUGGAGGCUUGAGCUCCACCUCCACCUCCUCCACCUCCAACCCCCGAUCCCCCGCAAACCCUAGCCCUCUCCCCCACCCUCCUCGCCGGCGGCGAGCGGCGGCGGCGCGCGGCGGGACCCGGAGCCCCCAGUAGCGCCUCCUCCGUCCUCCCCUCCCUGAGGUGCGGGGGAGAGGAUGCCGUCGUCGCACGGGGAUCUGGACCGGCAGAUCGCGCAGCUGCGGGAGUGCAAGCACCUGGCGGAGGGGGAGGUGAGGGCGCUGUGCGAGCAGGCGAAGGCCAUCCUCAUGGAGGAGUGGAACGUGCAGCCGGUGCGGUGCCCCGUCACGGUCUGCGGCGACAUCCACGGCCAGUUCUACGACCUCAUCGAGCUCUUCCGCAUCGGCGGCGAGGCGCCCGACACCAACUACCUCUUCAUGGGCGACUACGUCGACCGUGGCUACUACUCAGUGGAGACUGUUUCGUUGUUGGUGGCUUUGAAAGUACGCUACAGAGAUCGAAUUACAAUAUUGAGAGGAAAUCAUGAGAGCAGACAAAUCACUCAAGUGUACGGCUUCUACGAUGAAUGCUUGAGAAAGUAUGGAAAUGCAAAUGUAUGGAAAUACUUUACAGACUUGUUUGAUUAUUUGCCUCUCACAGCUCUUAUAGAAAACCAGGUGUUCUGCCUUCACGGUGGUCUCUCUCCAUCAUUGGAUACUUUAGAUAACAUCCGUGCUCUUGAUCGUAUACAAGAGGUUCCUCAUGAAGGACCCAUGUGUGAUCUUUUGUGGUCUGACCCAGAUGACAGAUGCGGGUGGGGAAUUUCACCGAGAGGAGCAGGUUAUACAUUUGGGCAAGAUAUCGCUCAACAGUUUAACCAUACAAAUGGUCUAUCUCUCAUCUCAAGGGCACAUCAACUUGUAAUGGAAGGAUUUAAUUGGUGUCAGGACAAGAAUGUUGUGACGGUCUUCAGUGCACCAAACUACUGUUAUCGCUGUGGUAACAUGGCUGCAAUUCUUGAGAUUGGCGAAAACAUGGAUCAGAACUUCCUCCAAUUUGAUCCAGCUCCUCGGCAAAUUGAACCAGACACAACACGCAAGACUCCCGACUACUUUUUGUAAUUUGUGGUGUUGACAAUUUUAACUCACCUGUGUUGAUGCUCCUCUCCUCCGCGGUGUCGGGGUCUGUAGAUCUUCUGUCCUUAGAUACGGGUUCCACGAGCCCGGCUGUAUGUCUCUCAAUUCUUUUGUUUGGAGAUUUUGUUGCUGCUUCUCAACCUUUAUACAAGACGUUAAAAGUUACAUGCACUGGAUUUUUUUCUCCUUAUGUACUUCCAUUUUGUAUUAUUGGUAGACAGUGAAGGGAAGCUGCAUUAGGAUCGCCCCUAUUAAUAUUUUUUUCGGUCUUCACAGGGAUGCAAUGCCUGAUGUGCUCACAGCAUGACCGAAUAAAUUAUCUCCAGAUGGGAAGAUAGUUCUCGUCUUCGGGCUUUCAGCAAUGAUCCCCCAUCAGAUUUGCUUUGUUUGUAAUUUGGGUCAGCGUGUUGUAAUGAGUUGUAUGUUUCAUGUUCAUAGCUGGCAAGGAUCCUUUUAGCUGGGUGCCCUACUAA